AUGAUGACAGGAAAGGUUGAAGAGAAAGGAAGUGCAGAGAAAGACGAUUACACACAAGAUGGCACUGUGGACCUCAAAGGAAGACCCAUCCUAAGAUCCAACACCGGCCGAUGGAACGCUUGUUCCUUCAUCGUAGGAUACGAAGCAUUUGAGAGAAUGGCGUUCAGUGGGAUUUCGUCGAACCUAGUAGUGUACCUGACGAAGAAGCUCCAUGAAGGCACUGUGACAUCCUCGAACAAUGUCACGAACUGGAUCGGAACGGUAUACAUACAAAUUCGAUUUGUAACACGAUCAACGAAUGCACAGGGCAUGUCCCUCCUAACGCUGGCAGUGUCAGUGCCAUCGCUGAGGCCUCCAUCAUGCGGCCCCGCGAUCAAAGAAGAGAUGUGCAACAAGCAUGCCUCGACCCUCCAGAUAGGCAUCUUCUACUUCGCCCUCUACAUAAUCGGGGUCGGAACUGGCGGGACCAAACCCAACAUCUCGACCAUGGGCGCGGACCAGUUCGACGACUUCGAGCCAAAGGAGAGGGCCCAAAAGUUCUCAUUCUUCAACUGGUGGAUGUUCAGCAUCUUCUUUGGGGCACUAUUCGCAGCCACAGUCCUGGUCUAUGUACAAGACAACGUGGGUUGGCCACUGGGUUAUGGCCUUCCCACACUAGGUCUUGCAAUAUCAGUCCUAGUGUUCUUGGCGGGCGCUCCAUUUUACAGGCACAAAAUGCCCUCAGGAAGCCCAUUCACCAGGAUUGCUCAGGUGUUGGUGGCGUCAACCAGGAAGUGGAAGUUGCCCAUUCCAAGCGAUCCGAAGGAGCUUUAUGAAUUGAGCCUCGAACAAUACGCUGAGUCGAAUAAGUUCCGGAUCGAUCACUCCGCUUCUUUGAGAUUUCUCGACAAAGCCGCAGUGUAUAUCGAUUCAAGCUCGCCGUGGAUGCUAUGUCCGGUGACCCAAGUAGAGGAAACCAAGCAAAUGGUCAAAAUGCUGCCGAUCCUAGCGGUGACGUUCAUCCCGAGCACCAUGUAUGCGCAGGUGCACACGCUCUUUAUCAAGCAGGGCACGACCCUGGACCGAAGCAUGGGCCCUCACUUUGACAUCCCUCCCGCGAGCCUCAUCGCGUUUGUCACGAUCUUCAUGCUCGUAAGCCUCGUAAUCUACGACCGGUUCUUCGUCCCUACCAUCAGACGCUAUACCAAGAAUCCUAGAGGCAUCACAUUGCUGCAGAGAAUGGGGGUAGGCCUUGUCCUCCACAUAAUCAUAAUGAUCACAGCUUGUCUCGCCGAGAGGCGGAGGCUGAGCAUCGCCAGAGAGAACAACAUUUACAGCAAGUUCCAAACAGUUCCUCUCACCAUCUUCAUCCUCCUGCCACAGUUCGCCCUCAUGGGAGUCGCCGACACCUUCGUCGAAGUGGCAAAGCUCGAGUUCUUCUACGACCAAGCGCCGCAAGGCAUGAAAAGUCUAGGAACAUCUUAUUGCACUAGCAGUUUGGGGAUCGGGAACUUCCUAAGCAGCUUUCUUCUCAAGACGGUCUCGCGAAUCACCAAGGAACACGGCCACAAGGGUUGGAUCUUAGACAACCUUAACAUCUCCCACCUCGACUACUACUACGCGUUCUUGGCGAUCCUCACGUUUCUCAAUUUUCUCGUGUUCCUCGUCGUGGCCAAGUUUUUCGUAUACAACGAGGAAGUAACCUUCGAUAAAGGAAAGGAAGCUUUCCCUGCCAAUUCAGCUAAUCACGAGGCCAUGGCCGAAGGAUGA